AUGGAUGCCUGUGACAUACAAAAAGAUAAUUGGAACGAGUUAGAAGUUACAAGAGAAGAGUUUGAUAAAUUAAAUGAGUGUUUAAAAAAGGAUGAAUUUAGAAAAUUGUUUAUUGAGUAUGCUGAAGAAGUGUCAAAUCCUGAAAAUCGCAAAUUAUAUCAGGAGGAAAUAAAAAAACUUGAACGUGAACGUGGCGUUGAUGUUACAUUUGUAAACCCUGAGCCGGGUUACGUCAUAAAGACUAGUUUAAAUGGUGAUAAAAAAUGUUUUAUCAAUAUAAGUAAAAACGAUUGUGUUGGCAAGCCGACAAGUCAGCCCUCGUAUAAUGCUGACAGUGGACAUCGCGGAUUGGAGUGGUCAAUUCCGCAUACCCUUGCACCGCCGCGAGAUGACCUCGAUAAAAAAAAUUCACGUUGUACUGUUUUUGACGUUGUUUUUAAUCCUGAUACACUGUAUUUAGCAUCGAAAAAUCCAAGAUUUAAAGACAUUGUCAAUAAUACAGCGUUGGACAGUAUUGAAAAAAAUUUUAAGGUCAAAUUAGAUCGAAAAAAUCUUAAAUUUCCAAAGAUUAAUUUCAAAGGAACGAGCCAAUCAAGCGUCAUAAGAAAAGAAUGCGAAAAAUCGUCAGAGUCAACUGAAGAAUCUCAAGAGUAUGAACCAGAAAUUUAUCAAAAAUUAAUCACGAGUUAUGACGAAGCGCGUGAAAAGUACAACAAAAAAGUAUUGGCCCCCGAAAAACAGUCACGACCAAUACCAACUACUAAGUAUUUUAAUAAUAAUAAAAUAUCAAAUUCUGAGGACGUCCAAUACGCGACUCCUAAAUUUAUAAUAAAACAUCAGACGGAUUUAGAUCUUCAAGACUUUAGAAAUGCAAAGAACUCGAAAAUUUAUGCAACAAUCCCGAAAAAAUUGGUUAUUAUAAUUGAUUUGCCACUGUUGCGUAAUGCAGGCGAUGCAACUUUGGACGUGCAGGAGCGUUUGUUGAGUCUAAUUAGCGAGAAACCAGCAAAGUAUCGCCUGGAGCUUCCGUUGCCUUAUCACGUUGACCCAAAUCAUGGGAACGCAAAGUUUGAUACGAGUAAAAAGAAAUUAACAGUAACACUGCCAGUUAUUAGAAAGGUCGUUAAACUCUCUGAGGUCACCAGAUAUGACAGCGGAGUUGAGAGCGAUCAUUCUCCAGUUAUUUCUGAGUCAUCAAGCAUCGAUACCGAUGACUCUAAAAUUCAUUUCGACGAUUUACAAACAAUCGUUGAUAAUCUAGAGGCUUCCAAUGGUUUGAUAAGUGAAAUAACAUCAGUGGAUUGUGAUAAAAUAAAUUUAAAUACCACUGAUCAUCAUAAGAUAAAAACAACAACAGACAUUGAAUCAAUUAUCAAUACCAAUAUCACGUAUUCACUUCCGCAUUUAAAUUGUAAUUUUUAUGACGAUACGAUAGCGCUAGUUAUCGACGUUAAAAAUGUUGACGCUGACUCAAUUCGUUAUAAAUUUUUGAACAACAAUACGACUAUAUGUAUCGUAUUGGUGUCUAUUGGUGCAGGUUUUUUCCCCGUUAACUAUGCAUUGUUUUUAAAACUAGAUCAGGGGUCAUCAUUUGAUGCGGAUACUAUCAAUGUUGAGCCCUGGGAUAACAAUGUUAUUGUCAGUGUUGUAAUGAAGAACGCUGAAAAAAUGACUCGUUACUUUGUUGGAUUAAAUCAAGAAUUUUUGGAGGCACGGGAUGUGCCUCAUAGAAUAUCUUUUACUAAAAAAUAUGAGGCUUUUUUGAAAACUAAAGAUGAAGAACUGCUAGCGGCUAACAAAGUUGGUGCUCAAGUCGACCGUCCUGAGGAUAGUGAGCAAGUUACUAAUGGCCGAGAUAAUGAUGAUGCUGGCAAUCAUCAUCAUAUGGAUUCGGAUGAUGAGUAUUCUGAAACGGGGGUUAAUGAUAAAAAAAAGAGGGAAUGCUUGAAGAAGUGCAGGUCUAUUUCUGAAAGCAGCGGCGAUGAGCUUCCAGAUAGCAGCAAUAAAGGUACUAAAUCGCGAGGUAUUUUAAAGUACGGACGAGGUAAUUUUUCUAGAUCUGUUUCGGAAUCGAGUAUUGAUGAUACUACUGGAUUGGUAUCGUCAAUUGACUUUAAUUAUGACUCAGUACAAGAGCAUUAUUCGGAGUCUGACUGUUGCAGUUUGAAAAAGACUGUUAGAUUUAAUGAUGUUGUCUCCAGACAAUUGUUCAGAUCUAAUUCAAGUAUCUUGGGGCGCCGAAAAAAAAACCAGCGAAAAUUGCGUAAGAAGAAGCAGGCGCACGAAAGACGCAUGAGUGAGAGUGAAAAUUCCGAGACUGAAGAUCGCGACAAGUACAAAGCAAAUGCUACUAAUGAAAAUAACAAAGGCGAAAAGGCUGUGGAUAAUAAUGUAAAGUCAAUUCUUAAUCGAGAUAAAUUAUCGAAUCAUAAAUUAUCUGAUCAGGAAAAUAAUUAUAAUUAUAACAAAAGUGAUAACGGAUUAAAAUCACAAGUCAACGAUAUCGAUAUCAAAAAUUUAGAUCUAACCGAAUUCAAAAACGAUUUAAUUUUUGACCUCGAUAUUUAA